AGCCAGUAGGAGGUUCUGGCUGAGCGCUCCCCAGAGGUGAGCUGGCCCACCAGCCACAACGCACAGGACUGGGCUACAAGAACAGAAUCAUCAGCAUCAUGCUAUUACAGCCCAAGACCAAGGGAGCCUUUGACUCCUUCAUUCCAAAGGGUAUCAAUAUCCCCCCAAAAGAGAAACUUGAACACAUCUACCAAAAAGAAGAUAACCUGCAGGAUGGUCUGCAAAAAGAAGCCACGGUUCUUGGAACUAUCCAGAUCCUGUGUUCCCUGGCGAUUUCAAGUUUGGGGGCCAUUUUGGUUUCUGCUCCCUACUCUUCCCACUUCAACCCAGCAGUUUCCACCAUUUUGAUGUCCGGGUACCCAUUUGGAGGAGCUCUGUGUUUUGCCAUUACUGGAUCCCUCUCAAUUAUCUCUGGGAAAAAAUCAACUAAGCCCUUUGCCAUGAGCAGCCUGACCUCAAAUGCAGUGAGCUCUGUGGCUGCUGGAGCAGGCCUCCUCCUCCUCGCUCACAGCCUGGUGGCCCUGGGGACUGCCUCUCAACAGUGUGACUCAGACAAGGAAUAUCUAUCCUCAUUGCCUUAUUUGAGGUACUAUUAUUCAAUACACGAAGUCAAGGACUGUUUCCUGGCCAAUGUCAGUCUAACAGGUGUGCUGCUGGUGAUGCUCACCUUCACUGUGCUGGAACUCUUACUAGCUGCCUAUGCCUCUGUCCUUUGGUGGAAACAGGUCUACUCGGAGAACCCUGGGAGUGCGUUAUCCUUGCCUCACUCACAAGAUCACACCCAACAUGUCAAAAAGAAUUCUUCAAGGUCAUGGAUAUGAGUAAUUCUUGGCCUUAGAGAAAAAAGGAGGAGAAAUCCAGUGCUCACGGCAAAGUGCGAUUAGACUUUUCUGAAAUUCUACUUUAGAAAGAAACCAAAAAAAAAAAAAAAUAGCUUUUGUUUUAUACUUGCUUAGUAUGGCUAAUUUUAUUGCUCUUGAAAACAAUUUCUCAGAAGCCCAGGUCAGUAAAAUUUUAUUAGCCACUCUUCCAAGAUGGCCAUAAACUUAUAAACUUCUCUGGGUGAACUGAACAGAAAGUGAUUCGUUUAUCCAUAAAUAAGAAGAGAAAAUGUACACUCUUCUGCUAGUGUGAAUUGGCUAAGUCAUAUGGCUAUGCAGGCCCUGUUUCUGUAUUAUUUUUAUACUUAUAUUGCUUAAAUAUUAGAUAUUAGAAAUUGCAAAAACAUUUUAAUUAAAAACACUUGGAAAAUACAUGGCUCCAUUUCUGUCAAUUGAAUGAAUUGAAUUUCUGUCAAUUAAAUA